AUGACGGCUGGGCAGGUGGCGCGUGUGCUCAACGAGCACCCGGCGGUCCACUCGUUGGCGUCGGUGACCGGGCCUGAGUCGACGCUGCUGCGGUUCCGGACGACGGACAAGGGAUCGGACGCUGUGCUGUCGGUGCUGGACGCCGAGGGUGUGGGAGUCGACUUUGGCGUUGUUGAUAUUGUCUCGCUGCUGGGCACAAAGCCGCGGCUCGGUGGGAGUGCUGCAGCCAGCGGUGGGCGCAAGAAGCGCCGGUAUCGGGUCUCGGACAGAGCCUCGUUGGAGGAGAUCUACGAGGUUGUCGACUCGCAGAACCAUCUGACGUUUAACUACCUCGGCUUUAUCCUUGUGGCGGCGCUCAUUGCUGCCGUCGGCCUUGCCACAAACUCGGAGGCUGUCGUUGUCGCUUCAAUGCUGGUCUCGCCGCUGAUGGGCCCUAUCAUGGCCAUGACCUUUGGCACCGCCAUCUCGGACCCGGUCCUCCGCUACAAGGGCGCCCGCAACGAGAUCAUUGGUUUCCUCCUCACCUUUGCUGUCGGCUUUGUGUGGGCCUUUGCCACUUGGCCGUUCCCGGACCUGUGGGGGACCAACGAGCAGCUCUCGCGCGGCGGGCCGGCUGGCGUCUACGCCGGCAUUGCCCUCGCCAUCCCCUCAGGCAUCGGCGUCGGUCUCGCCACUACCGGAGGCGGCAUCUCGGCUCUUGUGGGCUGCGCCAUCUCGGCCGCACUUCUUCCGCCGGUCACAAACUCGGGCAUGUACGUUGGCUACUCGAUUGUUCAAUGCACGCCCAUCGGCGGGACCCAGAGCUGCUCGCACUCGCUGAGGGUUGCCGGCUACUCGUCGCUUAUCUUUGCCGUCAACGUGUUCUUCAUCUACAUCAUGGCGCUUGUUGUCUUCAAGCUCAAGAAAGUCCGCUCGCUGACCAAGCCGUCGGCGCAGUACACCGAGCUCCGCGAGGACUGGUACUCCAACGGGAGCCCGGCCACCCACUUGCUCUCGACCUCGCACUUGGCAGAGGCCAACGAGUCCAUCGAGACCGUCCGCCCGGGGCUCGACCUCAUCUUUGGCAAGCCGCGGAGCCGGACCAAGGACGAGUAGUCGCGCUCGUACCCUCUGCCGCGCUCAGCCAAACAGCGCGCGCGCGUUGCGGAUGACCACAGAGACGACAACCCGGACGCUGCCGCGCGAGUCGGUCUCCAGCGAGUCCAUGCCGCCAAAGCCGCCGCGCCGCGCCCCAAGCUCCACCACCGACUCGUCAGUUAGGACUGGCGAGCCGCCGAGGAAGAACGCCUUGACCGCGUCGCCAAGCCCGAGCGCAGGGCGCCAGACCCCGGUCUCCAGCUCGUGCAUGCCGGCCUCACGCGGAAGAGGGAGCACUGCAUACCCCUCCAGAUGGUUGAGCCCAAACAUGUCCUUGGAAUACACACGGAGCACAAAC